GGGACGUGGUGACGUCACGCCGGCCACGUGACCCCUGACCCCCGGUGGCCCGGCUUGAUACUCCCGCGCAGUCCGGACUAGUGACGUCACCAUGCUUCGAGCGCACGUGCUUAGCGCGUCCAACCUCCCCAACGCCGAGAGCGUGGGGAAGAGUGACCCCUAUGUCACGACAGUGUUCCAAGGCGUCAAGCGGAAGACGACGGUGAAGAAGGGAGAGCUGAACCCGGAGUGGAACGAGAAGCUGGAAUGGGAGCUCACCGGCAAGGCGCCGUCGGCGGAGGAGAAGCUGGAGAUGCUGGUGAAGGACUACGACCAUAUCGGCCGCAACAGACUGCUGGGCAAGACUACGAUCCUGCUGCGCAACCUCAUGAGCGGCCAAGGCCCGCAGGACCUGGAGCUGCAGCUGGUGGAUCACGACCAGCGCCCCACUACGGGCAUGCUGCGCGUGCGCAUGGAGUACACGCCGCCCAAGGUGGCGGCGCCGGCGGCUGGCCCAGCCGCCGGCGCGGCCGGCAGCAAGUCGGGGACCAACGUGGCUGGUGGCACGAGAGCGGUGGGGAGUUACGAGGCGAUCCAGACGACAUCUAGCGGUGACAUUGUCAUGGGCCAAGGCGCCGAGUACAGCGCCGCGUUGGAACACCUCGGGGCGGGGCCCAGGUACCGGGACCUGCUUCCCAACAAGGAAACCAAGUUCCAGGUGCGUGUGAAGGUGGUGGAGGGGCGCGGUCUGAUCGGCUCCGACCUGAACCCCACCUGCCGCGUAUCGCUGGGAAACGACGGCAAAUCGACGCGCGUCCAGAAGGCCACCUGCAACCCCUGGUACGACGAGAUCUUCUUCUUCUACAUGAAGAAGUUGCCGUCGGAGGUGUGGGACACGCCGGUGGAGUUCAGGGUGUGCAACUCUCGUAUGCUGCGCUCCAAGGUGGUGCUGGGCGUGUUCAAGCUGGACCUGGGCACCGUGUAUGACCAGCCGCUGCACGCCUUCGUCAACAAGUGGCUGGCGCUCACCGCACUCGACGAGGAUGCCGGCGGAGUCAUGGGCUACCUGAAGGUCAGCAUCGCCAUCAUGGGACCGAACGAUGAGUGUCCGAACCUGAAGCCUCCGGGGAACGCCGAGCAGGAGGACGUGGAGCAGAACCUGCUGUUCCCGGCCGGUCUGAGGCUGGCGCCGGCCGGCUUCCACCUGAGCGUCUACCAAGCGGAGGACCUGCCGCGGAUGGACACCGGAGCGCUGAGUACGGUCAAGAAAGUGCUGGGUUUUGGUAGCGUAUCCAGCAAGCAGCUGGUCGAUCCCUACUUCGUCUUCUGCUUCGCCGGGAAGGAAGUGCAGACGCCGGUCGUGUACAGCACGGACCAUCCGGACUUCAAGCAGCGCCUGCACCUGGGCUUCCAGUUCCCUGCCUUCGCCAACAAGCUGAAGCUCUUGCUGAAGGACUGGGACCGAGUGUCAGACAGUGACCUGAUCGGCACGACGUUCAUCCCGCUGCCGUCGAUCAGCGUGGCCGGCGAGGACGGCUUCCUGCCCACGUUCGGCCCCUGCUUCGUCAACUUCUACGGCAGCACGCGCGAGUUCAGCAUCUUCGGCAAGGACGACCAGGAGACGCUCGACGAGGGCGAGGGCGAGGGCUGCGCGUACCGCGGCCGCUGUCUGGUGGCGCUGCGCACCACCGUGGGCGAGUUUCCCAACGUGGCGUCGGAGCCCAUCGACUUCGAGGACGGACUCAAGAUCGACUCGUUCCUGCGCCGGAGGAAGUACCUGGUCCACUGCGCCUUCGAGGACGCCACCAUGGUGUCGGAGGUAGACAAGCCGGUGGAGUUCGAAGUGUCCAUGGGCAACUACGGCAACAAGUUUGAGGACUCGGUGAUGCCCAGCCCCUCUUUCACGCAGCCCACCAACGCCGUGUUCGACGGUUGCAUGUACUACUUUUUGCCGUGGAGCGGCGCCAAGCCCUGCGUCACGGUCCACUGCCAAUGGGAGGACAUCUCGCACCGUCUGCACACGCUCAACAUGCUACUGAUGACAGUGGAGACGCUGAAGCGGAGUUUGGCGGCACUCCGGACCAGCAUCCAGGCGGCGAAGGGGGCCGAGGAGCUGGCCGCCGAGUUUGUCGGCGUCUGCGACCAGCUGCUCCGCAACUGCCGGAUCCCGCUGCCGACGCCGGAGCCGCACGUGCAGUCCACCAACCUGCUGGACAACCUGCUGUUCGGCCAGAGGCGCGCCAAGCUGGACAACAUCAUCAAGGGGGUGCUGCAGCUGAGGGAAACGGCCACCGACCUGGAGGAGGCGGCCGAUCAGCUGGAGGAGUACGGCGCGACUCUGCGCGACCUGGCCGUGGAGCCGCAGAACUCGAUGCCGGACAUCAUAAUCUGGAUGCUGAGCGGGAAGAAGCGUCUGGCGUACUGCCGCAUCCCAGCGCACACCAUCCUGUACGCCGGCGACGAGCGCCAGAGCGGCGCCGACUGCGGCCGCCUGCGGACUGUGCAGCUCAAGUUCCCAGGAGCGCGGCCUAACAAGCAGAAGAUCCCGGCGCUGCUGCGUGUCCGCCUAUGGCUGGGCAAGGAGCAGGAGUCGAAGGCCUGGAUCGCCGGGCACCGUGACGCCGAGACGGUGGUGUACGCCGAGACGUACGAGAACCAGUCGAGCAUCGCCGGCCACUGGGUGACCAAGGGCCCGACGAUGACGCGGCCCAAGUGGUCCGACGCCGGCGGCGACAUGCUGCUGCCGCGUGACGGCUUCAUGCCGCCCGACGGCUGGCGGUUCGACGGAAACUGGUUCGUCGACCCCGAGCCCAGCCUGUUCUACGAGGCCGACGCCGGCCACUCCACGUACCUGGAGGACGUGUUCGAGAACGAGAACCGGCUGCCAGCUGGCAGCUGGAUGCCGGCGCUCACGCAGUGGACGGACGUGCGCGGAGACCCGUCUCAGCAGCGGGACCAGAUCGUGACGCCGCCCGGCUGGGAGUGGAACGACGCGUGGACGGUGGACCUGAACCGCGCGGUGGACGAGGAGGCUGGAGUACUGCGUCGAGUCCACACUGGGAGGCAGACGGAGGCUGACAAGGAGGGCUGGGAGUACGCGCCGCUCUUCGGUCUGAAGUUCCACGCCCCGCGAGCGAAAGCGGUGGCGACCUCUGGAUGA